AUGUCGGAUAUCCUUGCCAUUGAAGCUGACCAUCUCAAGGACCAAAAGGACGAAUUUUCAUAUCACCAUAAUGACGCAAAAGACCGACACCUUAUCUCUUGGUUUGCAUAUGCACGAACCUUCCUUACUGCCAGUGCUGUGCUUCUUGGACUGACACUAUGGUUAUGCCCAAUUUCGACGCUCCUCGCCACGGCAGCGUUCGUAGUUCUUGCUUUGCUCUGGACCACUCCGAUCAACCUCUCGAAGUUUGGGCUGAUUUUGAAGCGCCUAAUCGGGAUCUCUGGUGAAGACGAGCAUCAGCCUCUUACAUCCACGUCUACUCUUGUUAUCAAACGCAUCCCUGGCAUGAAAGCAAUUUUUAACGGUAUCAUUCGAGAGUACGUCUGCAUGUUCGCUGCGAAUCGAUGCGACCUGUCGGGACGUUUCAGUAGCGCAAUGCUGUCUCCAUGGACUAGUGUUCAACUGAUCGUCUGGUCAACCGCCAACUGUACAUGUCAUGCAGUCAUGACUGACGUCCGUGAUUUCGAAGACGACCUGAAGACCGGCGUCCCUACUAUACCCAUCCUUAUCGGAUCCAUUGUCAAGACGAGGCUCGUGUUGACAGCUUGUCACAUACUUGUUAUGCUGGCUUUCAUCGACAAUCCAUAUAUCAUGUCGAGCUGCCUAUAUGCCACGGCUCUGGUGUGGAUGCUGGGAAUACACUCGUCUAAAAAGGCUUUUAUGCGGAGCACUCAUUCGCAGUCCCCCUCCAUUCUCUGGUACUUCUGGAUGAGGCAUACGUAG